GCUUUCUAAACCGCCUCCUCAACGGAAGAAGGGAAUAAGGGGGACGGCCUAUUGCGGAGACUGAACAGGACCGAGAGGCCAUGGCAGAAAGUGACUGGGACACGGUGACGGUUCUGCGCAAGAAAGGCCCGAGCGCGGCCCAAGCCAAGUCCAAGCAGGCCGUAUUAGCCGCUCAGAGAAGAGGAGAGGAUGUGGAGACCUCCAAGAAAUGGGCAGCGGGCCAAAACAAGCAGCACUCUAUUACAAAGAACACAGCAAAGCUGGACCGGGAGACAGAGGAGCUGCAUCACGACAGGGUCCCCCUUGAGGUGGGGAAAGUGAUCCAGCAAGGCCGGCAGAGCAAGGGGCUCACCCAGAAGGAUCUGGCCACGAAAAUCAAUGAAAAGCCGCAAGUCAUUGCUGACUAUGAAUCUGGGAAGGCCAUCCCCAACAACCAAGUGCUGGGCAAGAUUGAGAGAGCCAUCGGCCUUAAGCUUCGCGGGAGGGAGAUUGGGAGACCCCUCGAAAAGGGCCCAAAAGGGAAGUGACAACAAAGCCUCGAAAUCAGUUUGCCCCGACUGAUCUCGCCUAGCCAUUUCUUUCUCCCAGAUGGCCAGGAUCUCUGUUUGUCUACGGCAGGCUGAACAAGAGGGCUUUAGCCGUGCUAGAGAGGAAACCUACAGAAUCUCAGCCCUGCUCUAAACAGCAAAAACUUCUCCACCAGUGACACGCUCUCCUUCCUUUUUAUGAGAUUGAGUAUCUAAAUCUUAAUAAAAGGCUGCAUCAGUUUCUGCCAGGGGUGCCAAAAAAAAGCCUUUGUCUGUUGGUAUUAAGGAGCAGCUUGGUCUCAAGAGAAUCUCUUCUGGAAGAAUUUGUGGGAGGGGCAAGAGUCAGAGAGAAGUGGGUGGGGGCAUGGGGGGGCCGAGUCACGGUGGUGGCUCUUCUUUGUUUGUCCAUUCCUUCCAGCUGUUUUAAAGAAAUCUCAAAUAAAGCUCGUUACCCUUCCGCA